AUGUACCGCCCCGUCACUCUUUUGUCAAUUUCUUUCUGCGCGUUGAGUACCCUCACAAGUCACUUUGUGCGGGCAAGGCCGUGUGUGGCCUUUGAUAUCCAAUGGAAUCUCCUGGCGUUCGGUUUCGACGGGAAGGAUUUCAGUGCCGGUACACAGGACACCUGGGCCAGCGGAAGCACCACGGACAUCACAACCUCUGGUCGCCCGCCAUUUGACGGCGCGAAUACUACAUGCUACCUUUCUCAGUUCGCAAAUGCCAUCUACGUCAUGAACGGGGACGCCUCGAACCCUGCAUCGGUCCAUAUAUAUGAUGCCACAGCGAAGUCGUGGUCGACGCAGGCGACCAAUACGGCCGGGUUCGAUCCCACAGACGCCACCGCUAUUCUGGACCAUGAUACGAAUGUUUUCUAUGCUAUCUCAAAGGGAGAAAUGUGGUCGCUUAACAUGGAUCUCCUCAAACAAGCGAAUUCGACUGCUAUAGAUUGGCUGGAUAACAAAGCCGUUGAAUUUCCAACGGAUGGAUACCAGCCGGUUAUGGCUUUGGCACAGAAUCACAUACACUUCCUGAACGUACCCGGAAGCCCACCCGGCAGCGCGAAUAUCUUCGUAAUUCACUUUUCGUUCUUCCAACCAGAACCUCAAUCGUAUGGCAACUUCCCUGCGACCCACGGACGAGCGUUCGAUAUCUUCAAGAACGAAGGGGUCCAAACGGAAUUCGCAUUCAUCCCUGACGAUGGCUCCGCCACCUACAUCAUCAACGUUGAGCGCAAUGACACUCAGACGCUCCCUGGUCCCUCUACGAAGGACCCCUUGGCGACGUACUUCGCCUCCCCAAGCGCUCUCGUCCAACUAUCUCCGUCCACAAACAGCGUUACGUUCUUCCCGUACGAUCCAUCUAACCAGGGAGCCAACAGCAACGCAGCGUGGAGCCCCAUUCCGGCGCUAGCACAAAGGGCUGUUGCCGCUACUGGCGGUGGGCCUGGUGGGACCGCUGCUGCUGCGUCGAGUUCGUCGACGGCGACAUCGGCGAAAGGGAGCUCGGCGACGGGUGGUGCGACGAAAGCGAACCAGGGCGGCGAAGCUAAUGGCUCACGGCAUUUGUUUGAGAUGGCUGGGUUGUAUGCAGUGGUUGGUCUCAUUGGGAUGAUGGUGGUGCUCCUCUGA